GUGAACACCGCCGCCUCCCGACCGCCCAUUUCUCGACCAGAGUCAAUUUCGGCUUUAGUCCGAGCGAAUACCACCUCCGCGGAGAGUCUUCCGUGACCACGUCAUAAGACAACACGCCUACGAUGGGGGAGGGGAGGUGACGGAUUUGGGACGAGCUAUGGCCAACGGAUCGGCCGAAUAUACGCCAGAUGCUGAUCUCAGGGACACCGCCAAUCGCAGCUCUGUUUAUUCCAUCGGCCCAGCUUUCAUCAAUCAAUGGAAAGAGGUUCAACAUAAAGAACGCCUAUGUAGAUACGUCUACCAGAGGUUGUUUACCGAGCAAUGUCGUUACACGUUCAAUCUCACACCCUCUGCCUACGGCUCCAUCUGGGAAACUGCAGAGAGGUACACGGCAUGGAGCGUAGGACAGGAGUAUGACUCGGACGCUGUUGUCAACCAAUCGGGGAACGCGACGUACCUUUUGGGUCAGAACGUCUCUUCGUCGACGACAUCUCCUGAGGACGCUUUAACCCCCGUCUUGCCGCCGUUCGAACCGUGGCAAACCGUUUUAAUAGCCAUCUGCCUCGGUCUAUGUAUCAUUCUCACCGUCGGAGGCAAUAUCCUGGUCCUGAUGGCCUUCAUAGUAGACCGAACGAUACGGCAGCCGAGCAACUAUUUCAUCGCAUCGCUUGCGGCGACAGAUAUGCUUAUAGGUACGGUCUCGAUGCCUUUCUACACCGUUUACGUCCUGAUGGGAUAUUGGAACCUAGGACCGAUCCUGUGCGAUCUUUGGCUUUCGGUCGAUUACACCGUUUGCCUCGUCUCUCAAUACACGGUGCUUCUUAUAACAAUAGACAGGUUUUGUUCUGUGAAAAUAGCCACAAAAUACCGAGGUUGGAGGACGAAGAACAGAGUCAUCUGGAUGGUCACUAUAACAUGGAUUAUUCCCGCUCUGUUAUUUUUCAUCAGCAUUUUCGGUUGGGAACACUUCGUCGGCUUUAGGGAUCUCCUGCCGGGUCAGUGCGCCGUCCAGUUUUUGAAGGAUCCCGUAUUCAACACGGCGUUGAUCAUCGGUUACUACUGGACGACGUUGGUCGUCCUGUUUGUCCUUUACGGAGGGAUUUACAAAGUAGCGUACGACAUGCAAAAGAAGAGUGAGGCGAAGCAGAGGAAAAUGCAGAGCAUGGUGGCUCUGAGCGCCGGUGCUAUGUCAGGCAUGGCGGGGCGGGCGGCCGGCAUAGGUCUGUCCAAGACUCAGAGCACGCUUUUGAGUCAGGAUAAGCCCAAAACGGCCGCGAGUCUCACCGUAGCCGCGUCGACAUACAGCGGAGCCGAAUCUACGUCCAGUCAGAAAAAUUCCUCCAAAGCGACAUCCGACAGUGCUUCGACCAACGAAAAGAGGAAAAACCAAGAAGGCGACAAAUCGGAACGGUCGUCGAGUCCGGCUUUCGAAUCGGACGAAGAUUCGACGACAUGCGCCGCGCCGCAACCGGAGAAGAAAGAGAAGCAAAAAAAGCCGUCUUUGGCCGGGAUGGUAGCUCAAACCGGUGCUCUAAACGUUUUGGUCCCCAGUAAAAUCAACGGGGUCGUUCCGGUCCGUUCACCUCCGAAAGUCAUCACACCCACGAACGCGGAUGCUCUGGCUGAAGUUUCGGAGACGCCCCCACAAUCUUCAAAAAACGUUACUCCAAUUUUGGGAAAAGUGGAGCUGUGCAAAAGUGAAAAGUCCCUAUCCGAAAUAUCGACGCCACCGACAAGUGUUCAAUCUCCUCCAAUAAUCAUCCCACCUCCCGUUAUGUUCCAAUCGAACACGCCGGUAUCACAAGGAUCUCCUCUAAGCACGGGAAGGCCCCGAAGCCUAAUAGUGACAAAAAAUACUUUCGAUAUAUUGACCGGUAUGGACAAUUCAGACCUCAGGUACAUGGACGAGAGUUCAAUAAUAGUCCCUUCGCCCAACUUCGAAAGUCCGCCGUCUUCGCUCAGCUUUCCAAACACUUCAUCGACGGCCCCUCCCUCGCCGUUGCACAACAAUUCGGCCAGUACUCAAAGCAACACCUCACUUCUCCAAGCGGCCCUCAUGAGAGCGGCUGUUCAGCAAGUGACCAAAGUCAAUACUGAAGUAUCCCUCAACGAAGACAGGCCCGUUACGACGGUGGUCGAGGAGCCCGAUCCUCCAGAAAAAACUGCAGGAACACCGGCUACUUUGUAUUCGACGACAUGCAACUCUCUUGCCACGGUGCAAAAUAUAAUAACCGCACCCCAAACGCCCGAUCCGAAGAAGGAAUCCAUCAGGAGCACGCGGAGCAACAGGAGUUUCCGGAGCAUACGUAGUACAAGGAGUACUCGGAGUGCGUUAGUACCAGGCAGUUCGGAAAGGAAAGAAGGUGGUUCGAGAAGAGGUGAUUUCGUCAAGACUAUCGGUGAUCGACUGAAAGGGAAAGGACGUAGCCAAGGAUCCAGGCAAAAGUCCAAGUCUGAAAACAGGGCGAGGAAAGCGUUUAGAACAAUUUCGUUUAUUUUAGGGGCGUUCGUAGCCUGUUGGACGCCGUACCAUAUUUUGGCCUUGGUGGAAGGUUUCUGUUCGAACCCUCCGUGCACGAACGAACAUCUCUUCAUGUUUUCUUAUUUUCUAUGUUACGCCAAUUCACCGAUGAAUCCGUUUUGCUAUGCCCUCGCUAACCAUCAGUUCAAGAAAACCUUCACCCGUCUACUCAAAGGAGAUUUUCACAUGAAUUAAGGCCUACAACCAACCCCCAAUCAUGCCCUCGAGAGGCGCAGGCUUUUAGCAUACUUUCUUUAACAGGGUACUGUAAUUUUAGCUUACAACUCACUUUCACACAAAUUUACCCCCGAAUUUAUUCGGAUAUCUGUCUUUGACAAGGAUACAAUUUGCGACAAUACAUUUUUAUAAGUAAUUAAUAUAUAAUGUUUUUUUACGUAAUAAAUAUUGACACAGUUGAUUGAUUAAAAUUGUAGUAUUUUAGACUAGAACAUAGCAGUAAUUGUACAUAUAAUGGUUUAAAAAAGUGUACAGUUCAUAAGUGUUUGUAUAAAUAAUUAUUAAAAAUUUGCAUAAUUAUGUUGAGCUGUUCGGUGCGGUCGAAUCUGUCGGUUAACUGAGCCCUAACUGCCCCGAUUCUAUCCGCAACCGAAACAUCCUAAACACUAAAAGUAAAUCUUCUACAAAAAAAAAAAUCAAAAGUAUUUUUUCAUCGUUAAAUAUCAAUGUAAAAGAUUUUACUAAAAGUUUACAGCUGUUGUAAAUUCGUAUUGUAUAUAAAAUUCACAUAUAAUAUACAAUUUUUAAAAU